GGCCAGCGAGCGCUGAGGGGGCGGGAGCUCAUCCCCAUGGCGACCCGGUGUGUUGGUGCUCGGUGGUGAUCGUUGUUGAUUGAGCUUCUUGCCGGCGCCAUGAGCGGGCUGGGGGUGCAGCGGGACUUGCAGGAGGCGGCUGCUCUGGAGCGGCGGCGGCAGCGCGAGCUCGAGCGGCAGGGCCGCAUCUUUAACGCACGAGUUCGGACCAUCGGGAUUGAUAAAGAUGCACUGGAUGCCCAGGUCAAGGAUAGGAAAAUUCAAGAAGCAACUGAAAAAGCACGAAAUGAAGAACUUGCUAAUGAAAUGAAGCAAAAUGACAAGAUGAUGUGUAUGUUAGAAGAACGACAGAAGUACAGUAUCAGAAACAUAAACAAAGCUGUCAGUGACUUUCAGAAGAAUUUUCAGAAGCCAGAAACAAGACGUGAAUUUGAUCUAUCUGAUCCGCAAGGCUUAAAGAAGGAUAGACCUGCUCGACUUUCAGACAACGAUCCUCGAUGCACUGUAUCUGGCUUGCAGAAGUUUAUGGGUGAAGACUUAAACUAUGCUCAGAGGAUGAAAUUUCAAAAGGAGCAGUUAAGAGAGUGGUCUCUUCAACAACAGAGAGAUUGCAAGAAUGCAUUAGCUGAUGAAAAAUUUUUAGAUGAUCUUCAUGACAAGAAUAGGAUUGAACUUGACCGAAAGACUAUGGAGCAACAACAAAUAGAACAAGAAACUAGACGUGCUGUUUGUGCAGCUACCAAAGACUUUAACAGAAGCCAGGCUGCUGAACUAGCUGAGAGAAAGAAGCUGGAUAAGCAUCAAAAAAUGAAAGAUGAUAUGGAUGAAAUUUCUAGCCUCCUUCAAGGAGACUUACUUUCUGAAAACCCUGAGCAAGCCAUCAGUUCCUUUGGUACACAUCGUGUGAUCACAGAUCGGUGGAAGGGAAUGAAUCAGGAUCAGCUGAUGGCAAUCCGCUCCUUUCAACAGCAGCAAGUUCUGGAGAAGCUGAGACUAAAAGAGGAGGAACGCCAAAGAGAUGCUGAAUGGGACAGGCAAAGUAUGCAGGCUGCAAGAGCACAGUUAAUUUUAGAACGGCAUCAAGAACGACAGAAUCGGGAACGCCGCCAAGCUCUAGACAGCAUAAAUGCACAACUAUCCCAGGAGCAGAAAUCAAAAGACAUGAAGUUAUUGUCAUUGGUGUGUCAGUACAUGGGACCUGAUAAGGACAGAGCAAAAGAACAGAAAGAGGCCUACUCUUCAUAGUUGUCAGAUGGAACCAGGUAUAUUCUAGACAGACAAAGAUUCAGCAAGAAUACUGAAUGUAAUUUACAAGUCUUCUUAUGGGAUAAAGUCUAUACAACUACCCUGUAUAUCAGUUUAUCUGGAUGGCUCCACUACUAAGUUGGCACUCCUUAGGCAUUUUCAACCACGUUCAACUGAGUAGGAAAGCUUUCACUGAGAAACCUGAAUAUAGGUAACAGGUUGUUUUCUUUUACAGGUUUAGUUGAAGAAAAGUUGCAUCUGUAUUUCUCUCCAAAAAAACUACAUUGGGGGAAAAAGAAUAUAACUUCUUCAGCCACGAGAAACACCCUCUGGAGUUUGUAUCUUCUUAAACAUCUGCUUCAAACAAUGACAAGGGAAAAAACAUCAGAAACCAAGUUUAGUUUUAAUAUUUUAAUGUAACUUGUCUUAAUAUUUAUGUAGUGUCUAGGAAAAAUGAUGAGGAAAAAAACAAGAAAGGAAGAUUGGAGGAAAAAAGAGUUGACUGUGAUUAAAGAAGUUUUUAACAGUGGGUAGAUAGAAGUGGAAACUGGAUAGAUAUAUAAAGUAGAUUUUCUUUUUCAGUUGAAAUUUCCAUCUGUGUAUAGAAACAUCUUUUCAUCUAACUAUCAUUGUGACAUCCAGUUAAACAAGGGAGGAACAUUUGUAUGUCAGCUACAUACAAUAGUGUUGUAAAGCAUGACUUCCAGACUGUUUGGAUGGCUAACAAGGCAAGUAAUACAUAAGUCAUUUCUGAAGUAAUAUACAAACAGAAGUAGACUGUUA